AUGAGAAGCUGAGGUCGGGUCAGAAAUCGAUAUUUGAAAGUCAGGCCACUGCUCAACCCUAUCCUUGGCGCCAGGCCUCCCCCGAUGACGCAGUUGAUUCCAGCGGGCCCAUCUUCUCCAACUCCACCUUCAGCCUGCCGCGAACUGCAGCGCGACACCACCCAACGCAACGACGAUGCCUCCCUCGCAAGCCACGUCGGGCCGCGGCUCGUCCCGCUUCGCAGUAAUUCUUCGCCCAUUUCAUCACUUCAUCGAAUCAACGAGUCGCGCGCUGACAGCUGCUUCGUAUCCGAUCCGGGGCAUCUGGUAUUUCGCAUCCCAUCCCGAGUUCUAUCCGCUUUUCGUUGGCCGCCUCCUUCCGCUAUCCGUUAUCUCCUUCGUAGUCUACUUGAUACUCUUCACCUUUGCCUUUUUGCCGCAGUUUCUGUUUCUUCUUAUCUUCCACGGCAGCGCAGGCGCCGCUUUUGCGACGACCGUCCUGGUGCUCGGCGAGGGCCUGGUGAUCAUACAGGGACUCUUUGAGGGCUUCUUUGUGGACGAAUCCCGGGUCGACGUUUUCGACGCAACCCUUAUCAACUAUGGCCUCGUCGACCUCAUCGCCCCGCAGCGCGUCCUCUUCCUUGAAGCCACGAAUUCCGUCCGCAUGCUCGGCAAGCCGACAAGCCGCGCCGAGUACCAGCCUUGGAGCAUCAUACAAAUCGUGGAGCUGAUUGUCUUCCUGCCGCUCAACCUCAUGCCCUACAUCGGCCCACCCAUUUUCAUCAUGAUCACCGGGUUGCGUCUCGGCAAACUGUCCCACCAUAGAUGGUUCGUGCUGAGGGGCUUGAACAAGAAGGAUAAGAAGACGGAGCUGAAGAUUAGGCGCUGGGAGUAUCUCUGGUUUGGCACGGUUGCCAUGAUCCUGGAGCUUGUCCCCGUCCUGAGUUUCUUUUUCCUGUUGACCACGACUGCUGGGGCGGCCAUGUGGGUGGCCAAGAUGGAAGAGAGGGCGAGGGUACGAGUUGGCCGGCCCAUCGGUCCUGAGGAUCCGCCCCAUUAUGACACCGAGGGGCCGGUGUACCACGACGACCCGGUCUGAGUUGCUGGUAGGAUAUGGAGAUUGUACGCUUUUUUUGUGUCGCGUUCUUUGUCCACCUGAUUCCAUGGUGAUACCGUGGUCUUACGAUACUUGCUUGAGCAGACUCCGGCAGAUGACAUGCCCUUGUUCACGCGGCCGAAGAACCGUGACGCCCAUUCAACGGUCGUCCGAGCGUACCAAAAACCCGGUUUUCGGUCCGCCGAAAACCGGUGGGUCCUCCAUUUUCCCCGCCAAAUUCGGCUCCGUGCUUGCAGGUCAUUUGCCUUGGUGGGCCUUCGAUUCUCGUGGAAAACCCAAUACAAAACGCGCGUGGCCGCAGAAAGAAAUGGCGA